CGUUCCGCCGAUACUUAAAGCUAGCUGAUACGGCCUGGCCACACAGCACAUCACUCACCCCGUCACCCACAACGCACAUAGGUGAUAAGGUACAUGCGAGUAUAGCCAUGGCGACGGAGAUACCAGUGUGCAUGUCUCCGGCCUUCUUGGCCAUCGCCGGCCUCGGCCUCGCGGUGCUGGCGAUCUGCUCGUACAUGGCCGUCGUCGUCACCGGCCGCAAGCGGUACCCACCCGCCGCCGGCACGGUGUUCCACCAGGUGUACCACCUCCGGCAGCUGCACGACUACUACACGGGCCUGUUCCGCGAGCACAAGACGUUCCGGCUGCUCGCGCCCGGCCGGCGGCUGGUCUACACGUCCGACCCGGCGGUGGUCGAGUAUAUCCUCAAGACCAACUUCGGCAACUACGGCAAGGGCGAGUUUAACUACGAGAACAUGAGUGAUCUCUUGGGGGACGGCAUCUUCGCGGUGGACGGCCAAAAGUGGAAGGAGCAGCGGAAGAUCGCUAGCUACGACUUCUCGACGAGGGCCCUCCGGGACUUCAGCGGCGGCGUCUUCAACAAGAACGCCGCCAAGCUUGCCCACAUCGUCUCCGACAACACCGCGGCGAAGAAACCCAUGGACUUCCAGGGUUUGCUGAUGAAAGCGACGAUGGACUCCAUCUUCACCAUCGCCUUCGGCCUGGACCUCAACACUCUGGGCGGCUCGAUGUACAGCGAAGGGAGCCGCUUUGCCGCGGCGUUCGACGACGCCAGCGAGUUCAGCCUGCUCCGCUACGUCAACGCGUUCUGGAAGGUGGCGAGGCUCCUCAACGUCCGCGCGGAGGCGAUGCUCAGGGAGAGGAUCAAGGUCGUCGACGGGUUCGUGUACAAGCACAUCCGUGCCAGGGCCGAUGAGAUUUCGUCCGACGCCACCAACCCACACGACUCGAAGCAAGAUUUGCUGUCGAGAUUCAUGAAGGUGACCAGGAGCGAAACAGGGGAGGUGGACUACAAGUACCUCAGGGACAUCAUAAUGAACAUCGUCAUAGCCGGCAAGGACACGACGGCGGGAGCGCUGGCCUGGUUCCUCUACAUGGUUUGCAAACACCCGGAGGUUCAGGAAAAGAUCUGCCAGGAGACCAAGGAGGCCGUUAACGCUGGCCAGGCCGCCUCCAUCGACGCGUUCUCGCAGAGCCUGACUGAUGAGGCGCUGAAUAAAAUGCACUACCUGCACGCUGCCCUCACGGAGACACUCCGGCUCUACCCUUCUGUCCCGUUGGAUAACAAGGAGUGUUUCUCAGACGACGUUCUGCCUGACGGCUUCAGCGUGGGCAAGGGGGACAUCGUGUUCUACGUGCCCUACGCCAUGGGCAGGAUGGAGCGCCUGUGGGGCGAGGACGCCGGAUCCUUCCGGCCCGAACGGUGGCUCGACGAGCACGGCAUGUUUCAGCCGGAGAGCCCUUUCAAGUUCACAGCUUUCCAGGCUGGUCCGAGGAUCUGCCUGGGGAAGGAGUUCGCGUACAGGCAGAUGAAGAUCUUCGCGGCCGUGCUACUCCGCUUCUUCGUGCUGGCCCUGCGCGACGAGGGCGCCAGCGUCAACUACAGGACCAUGAUCACGCUCUACAUCGAUCAGGGCCUCCACCUGACGGCUACCCCCCGCGAGAUGAUUAACUAGCAGCCGGGUUCACGCAAGCCACAGGCCUCCACUGACCACUACUGUGGCCGGUCCAAUAAUGCGCGCAGUAUCCGCGUCAUUACAGUUACUAGCACUGCAGUAUAUGUGGGCAGCGAUGCUCUUGCCAUAAUGCCAUGUCUGAACCGGAUUCCUUGCCCGCACCGGAAUGGAUCGCUCUAUUUGGCACGUCCGUCGCGUUGGGCGUUGGCGUUCCCGUUCAUUAUGUAGUGCAUCAUGCAUGGAUUUAAUUUGUCUGUAUAUACCAUGUAAUCGUGUAUAACGAAUGGGCACAUAGUGUCUGCUAUGUAAUAUGCGGAUGGCUGACCUGAAUCUCCACCGUUACAAAGCA